AUGGCGGACAACUCUAGACAUGGUGGUCCACCUUCCAAAAAUGCCUAUGUGACGCUCCUCACGCGGCCCUCAUAUCUUGCGGGUGCCAUUCUCCUCGCAUAUACACUUCACAAGCACUCGCCGUCCACACCCCUGAUUAUAUGCUACACCCCGGACACCCUUCCGGAAUCAUCAGUCACUGCCUUUGCCGCCGAAGCCAAAUACUCCGACAUAAUUCUCCAACCCGUCGAGCACCUCCGCCUCCCCGAAGAUGGCACUGCCCACGGCAUGGUCGCUGAGCGCUUCAUCGACACAUGGACCAAGCUCCGCGUCUUCGACUUAUGGGACAUGCCCCAGAAAUGGGAGCGACUUUGCUGGCUCGACGCCGAUAUGAUGAUCUUCUCCGACCCUUCCCCUUUAGUCUUCAACGCGCAAAACGACGAGUACCUAAUCGGAGGUGAUGGCAUGAGGACAAUGGCCGUACAUACCUGCGUAUGCAAUCUCGACCACGACGCCUGGGCCCCCGCAGAAUGGACAAAGGAAAACUGCGCCAUGACGCCCCUCACCUCCCCCGAUCAAUUGGCACAAGUCAAAUCCGAGCCCUAUACCCUGACCAACUUCAACUCUGGCACCUUUCUGUACCGCCCGUCCAAGCAGCUUGCAGACUUUGUGCAGCAAAAGUUCGAAGAGCUAGGCAAUGCCCGGCUCCGCGCUAUGAAGUUUCCAGACCAGGAUUUCCUAAACGAAGCGUUUGACGGGCGGUGGGCGCCGCUUUCGUGGCGCACGAAUGCGCUUAAGACAUGGCGGUAUUGGCAUACGAAUAUUUGGACCGACGACUCGUAUGUUGCUGUCUUGCACUAUAUCGUGGAUAAGCCGUGGGCUGCGCGUAACAAGCCUGAUGGUUCAGCCGGGUACUUGGGGAAAGAUGGGGAGACGCAUAAGUGGUGGUGGGAUGAGUUCGAGGUUUGGCGGAGAGAAAGGGAGGAGCAGGGGGAGAGGGAGUUGCUGGAGGUUGUCGAGAAGUAUGUUGCGAAUAAGGAUGGGAAGGCGAAUGAGGAGAUGAAGGCAAUUGGGGGUGGGGCUCAGGAUUUUGCGAAGAAGUGGGAUACGAAGGAGAAGGAGAAUGAGGACGGUGCAAGUAAAGAAGGUGGUGGGCUAAAGUUGUCGGAUGAUGCGCAGAAAAAGGCAGACGAAUACGGGCAGGGGCCUCAUGGUCCUAUACUUAGGAAACCAAUGUUGGGGGAGAGGGGACAUGGACCUGUUGUUCACGGACGUUAA